UCUCUCUGUUACUCUCUCCUCCAGCUCCUGACUGUCAUUCUCUGUCCCGACCCCCUCUGUCCACUUUCUCUCUGCCUGUCUCGCCCUCUUGCUCCAUCUUCUCGCGCAUUCUGUUUCCCUUGACUUUCUCUACUCUCUCUCUUUACCCUCUGUCUCUUCUCUACCUCUCUCUCCUUCUCUCUCCUUCUCUCUCUCUCUCUCUCUCUCUCUCUCUCUCUCUCUCUCUCUCACACACACACUCACCCUGUAGCUAGUCAGUUAUUGCCUGCUCCAGUGGCAUAGCCUGCAGGAGGAAGAAGUUAGAAGUUAGUGCCUUCGUGUGCUCUCAUCCCCAGAAACCCUUCUCGUGUCUGCUGCGUCUCUUCAUCCCAGACUCUGGAUUUACCGUCUCAGCUUUGCAAGUCAUCUCUGGAGCCAUUUCAGAAUUUUUUUGUUGCCUCGGCCGGCGUUAUGUUAACAUCUGACUAGUGUCCUGAGGAACAUGGACAGCAUUGCUGGGCUCCUCGACCAAUCAGAACGCAGACCACAACGUGUAGCGCGACCGUGGUAAUGGGAAGAGGAGGGACUAGAACAGGAAAUAUAUGAAAAUGUCAGGAGAGACAGAAACUCUAUCUAACGGGUCGGAGAAGUCAGAACUGUCUUUGGCGCUUGAGGACUGCAUGGUGGCACUUGACCUGUUCCUGCAAAAUGACUUUGACGGAGCUCUGUUCCGGCUGAAGACCAGGAACAGAGACAGCAUGUACCAUGCGCUCACCUACGCCACUAUACUGGAGAUGCAGGCCAUGAUGACCUUUAACCCCGACGACAUUCUGACGGCAGGCAACACAAUGAAAGAUGCCCAGGCUGUGUGUCAGAGGUUUAGGAAGAAGUCUUCCUUCAACAGCAAAAACUUCACAGAGGAGGAACUUCAUGCUGAAGUGUGCUAUGCCGAGUGUCUCCUGCAGAGGGCAGCACUCACCUUCCUUCAGGAUGAAAACAUGAUCAGCUUCAUCAAAGGAGGUAUGAAAGUGAGAAACAGCUACCAGAUAUACAAGGAGCUCCACACAAUCCUCCAGUCUUCAGGUUUCGCCCAAGGGGACAACCACGGCCACUUUGAAGGAGGGGUCAAGCUCGGAGUGGGAGCUUUCAACCUAAUGCUGUCCCUGCUGCCUACCAGGACUCUCCGGCUCCUGGAGUUUGUGGGCUUCUCUGGCAACAAGGAGUUUGGUCUACACCAGCUGCAGGAGGGGGCAGUGGAACACACCUUCAGGUCCUUCCUGUGUAACAUGCUCCUCCUCUGCUACCACACCUUCAUGAGCUUCAUCCUGGGGACAGGGGAGGGGGACGUGCAGGACGCAGAGAAGCUACUGCAGCCUUAUCUGAAGCAGUACCCCAAGGGUUCCAUCUUUUUGUUCUUCGCUGGUCGAAUAGAGGUUAUCAAAGGAAAUCUGGAUGCUGCUAUCAAGCGCUUUGAGGAGUGUUGUGAGGCGCAGCAGAACUGGAAGCAGUUCCAUCACAUGUGCUACUGGGAGCUGAUGUGGUGCUUCACCUACCAGAGGCACUGGAAGAUGGCCUACUUCUACGCCGACCUGCUCAGCAAGGAGAACGCCUGGUCCAAGGCCACAUACGCCUACAUGAAGGCUGCCUACCUCAGCAUGCUGAGCCCAGACGACCGGCUGACGUUUGGAGAGAGUGAGAUCGCCCUCUUCAGGCAAGUGCCUGGACUGAAACAAAAGAUUGCUGGGAAGUCUUUGCCUACUGAGAAGUUUGCCAUCCGGAAAGCAAGGCGGUACAAUGCUGAAAGACCAGUUCCUCUACCAGCUCCUCCUCUGGAGAUGAUGUACAUCUGGAACGGCUACACUGUGAUUGGCAAGCAUAAGGACCUGACCGAGGGGAUGCUGAAGACGCUGGAUGAGGCACAGGACAACCUGGAUCAGUACCCCAGGACAGACUUCUCCAUAGAUGACCAGUGUGUGAUCAGCCUGCUGAAGGGACUGUGCCUCAAGCACCUGGGCCACCAGGAUGAAGCCGAGCACUACUUCACCCUCGUCCUCUGCAAUGAGUCACAGAUCAAGUACGAUCACUACCUGGUCCCCAACGCUCUCCUGGAGCACGGCCUGCUGUGUCUGGAGCAGGGCAGGAGGGCUGAAGGCAUUAAACUUCUCGAAUCGGCCAAGCAAAAUUACAAGAACUACUCCAUGGAGUCCCGGACGCAUUUCCGAAUCCAAGCUGCUUUGCACAAAGCCAGGGGCCCCACGGGGGAGAAUGGAGAGCACUGCUCGCCGUCCAGCCCCUAGCCUAGCCUAGCCUAGCCUAGCCUAGCUUAGCUGGCCGGAGGCCCCACUGAGGACCCUGAAGUCCUGGAGGACGACGAGGGGACGGAGGGGAUCCACAUGCAAACCACUGGAAACAGCCAGACCACUGGACUGGCCUCGCCAUGAACCUCUGAGACCACCCACUUUAAAGAACUCUCUCUCUCACACACACACACACACACACACACACACACACGCAAUUACACACACACACACACACAUACACACACACACACACACACACACAUGCACACACAUGCACAUACACACACGCACAUGAUUACUUUGUACAAAUGCAUAAUUAAUCCACCGCUCAGUCAAUCAAUCUAUACUUGUAUUGUCCCAUAAGGGACCUUUGGUGUGCAGAAAAGAGGGCCACUCUUACGCGAGUAAUCCGGUCAAGGGAGUUGGGAGUUAGGCUGCACACAGUAAAUCUUUUAGAAUACACAUACACACUUAUGAACACACUCACACACAAUCACAUAGUGCAUGCAGAAAAACAUAGAGACAUGAACACUAGGUCAUAUGUAUCAGUGAUGCUGUACGGUGUGAAGUCAGCAGGUUUAGAUUAGGAACACAUGGGUGGGCAUGGAUGGGAGCAGCCACUGCUCCAUAGGCUCCCAUCUUCCCAUGUUCCCAUGCACAGCCUCUUCCCACAGCCACCCCCCACUCCUACUGAACAUACACAUCCAUCAGCGCUCCUUCUGACAGACCUGAUGAUACAGUCAUAUGCCAUGGUGCUUGGGUGAUCUCUCUUGCUUGAACAGUUUAUUUUAUUCUUGAUGCUCUUUCUGUCUGGGGGAAAGAAAAAAAAAAUACAAAUGGCCAUAACCAUGUGGAGUAAUGCUAAAUGUAGAAGCUUACAUUUUUUAUAGUAAAAAUACCUAAUUUUAUAGUAAAAAAAAUAUUAGACAGACUUCAUGAAGGACUCAUUUUGGGGAUCUGUUGCUAUCUGAAGGUGGUAUAGUCACCUCACAUCUUUCGGGGUUGCUGAAAAUUGCUUAGUUAUUAUGUCUCUUUGUUUCUGUGCAGUGAUGCAUACAACAACGUUCUGUUGCAUUACUCAAGUAUAUACGUAGUCAAACAGACGUCGAGCCCCUUGGAAAUCAGGGGUUCUAUGGCGUCUGCCAUGCCUGCAUUCAUCACAGCACAUCUGUAUGUUCACAUUAGGGGUAACUCUAUGGGGGGCUGGUGUUUGCUCUUUCCUUUUUAGUAUUUAUUCACUGUGACGGCGUUCUCUUUUUUGCAAUUGCCCUGUUAUAGGAGGACAGAUGAUUGUGUCUUUUAGAAAGGCAGAACAACCCCCUUCCCUUUCACUUCAUGUGGACUUUAUCCAGAUAGUCCUUGAGUGCAGCAGACAAGCGAGUCUUUCAGAUAUCUGCAGGGAGGCCAGGCCGCCAGCUCCUCCGUGAGUAAAGCAUUGACAGCCGGUUUGAAACUCUUAACACUGUCACACACAUACAGAGCUGCAGCACAGCAAAGAGCAGAGCAGCGUUUAUUUUUAGAAUGACACCAACAGGCUAACACAACAGGGUGUUCAACACUGUUUCCAUUUAAAUAUACGUUUGGCUACGUUUUGUCACAUUCCCCAAUUUAUUGAGGAAAAUGGGCACACCAAAUCCCCCCGUUCAAUGGCAUUUUGAGACAAAUCAACUUUAUUUUAUCCUACUUUAAAUCACUGCCUGAUGGAAAGAUGAUCGUGGGUGGCAAGAUAAGGUGAUCUUUUGGAAAAACAAGGAUAAUUGUACAACUUGAGGUCAUUCAUUUAAGUGCGCUUUCAUUCCUGUUUGGCUCAGGAUUAAACACCCCAUGAAAGCAUGUCCAAACCAAAACAUGUCAUUGAUGCUAGCAUGAGUAUGGCUUAAUGUGAUCAGCCUUGUGUUUGCAGCAAAACAGGUUGAAAGUGAACACAGAUGAGUGUAAUGGUUAAAUAACCCAUUACAUUUGCAGUGGAAGAAAGGUAUUGUGGUACAAUUAGAUUCAAUGUUAAAUUUGUCAGUUAUUAUGUAUGUGAAUGCAUAUCGGUGGAGUAUGGAAGUUCAAGGGCCCUUGUUAGAAUAUCACCAGGAUAAAGGGGAGAUGUCUUGACGAUGUUUUAUUUUGAUGUAAAAUGGCCCUGUUUUGGCCCCUACUUUUAAGAAUCCCAACCAAAGCCCAUGCCCUUGGCUCAGGUUGAAAUUUGUUUCACAGUGAUCUGCAAAAUUGUGAAAAUCAAAUGGAAAACUAGCAAGUUCCAUUUACCCAAUUGCUGUUUUUUUUUUUUUUUUUAGGUAGAUGUAUUAUGAUUAUCUUCUGUGGUGGAGGAAUAUAAGGUUUAAGUGGUUUCCAUUGAAACAGCAGACUCCUCACCUGAAUCAACCUUGGUCUGAGGAUCCUUUCCAUAUUAGGGUCACAUUGGGACCGGAGGCGGCUAUGAUCUGGCUGUUUACUUCCAUUGUAAAUGUUAUUCUCUGUUGGGGUCAUUCUUUAAAGGCUCCUCUCUCUUCACUCUGACUCCACAGCUGGUUUGCUGAAGGAAGACAAGAACCUCAUGGGUACACUGUUAGACAGAGCGUAGAGUUCUCUAUACUUGGUGCAUGGCUACUGUGCAGAUUGACAUCCCUGUACAUAGUGAAUGUUUGUUUUGUAUAACGUGAGAUUAAAUCAUGGAAGCCAAAGCAA